GCUGGUAAGACUUUGUCUUGCGGAACACCAAUGAGUGCUCUACUAUGGCUCUGAGGAUGCAGGUGGUUUAUUUGUUGUUGCUGUUUGCUUGUCACGGUAAAUGGAUUAGUUGUACAGUUGAAUUACAGUAUGUUGCACCAGAAAGAGCAGAAAAUAUUUUGGCAGUCCACAUGUACAAGCCAACUGUCAUCCAACUGCUUUCAAACAGAACAGUGCAUGUGCUAGUGAAUGUGAAUGACAGCUCUGUGGUUGGGCUCAUUGCACAGGUUCAGGCUCAGUUUGAGGAAGUGACCAUUUCACAAUUCCAGAAAUUUAACCUGGAUUCAUCUUACACUGGACAAAGUGCUGGGUUGGUUAUUCCACUUAACCCAGGAGCUGUGGAAGCUGAUUUUUAUCUUGUCUGUUCACAAAAUGUUUCGGCCUAUGUUACAGUUGUGCCAUAUGGAGAAAAAGAUCCUGUUCCUGGAAGUUGCAAUUUAGAAUUCAGCUUGGAAAAUGACCCCAAUCUUCAUCUCAAGUUUGGAGCAUAUGAAACCAUUGUAAAAUUUGCACCAGCCAAUCUGGGGGUAGCAAGAGGGAAAUUGCCUCCUGCAUGUGAUGUUAGCCUUGGGACCAAUUCUAGAUGGAGACUGAAGUAUACAUUAUACUUGAAGUUUUUACCAGCAAAUGACAUGAGUGAGGAGAUCUUGUUUAGUAGCAUUGAAAAGAUGACAUCUGUUACAGAGGUGGAAAAAUAUGGAACUAAGCUUUUAGAUUUAAGCUCCGGGGACAAAACACAGCUGUUUGUGAAUUCCUAUGCUGCCUUUGCUGUAAUCCACAACAUAAUUGUCUGGGAUCCACUACUGAAUACAUCCUUUGCAUAUGUUCCUUCAUUCAUCUAUACUUGCAACAUGUCUACCACUGUUCCUCCCGUUUGUGAAAAAUAUGUGCACCUCUCUACCCAGAUAUUCUUUACCAUUCUGGGAAUCUUUGGCCUGCUUGUUUGCUUUGCUGGACACCGGUUUCUUGAAGCAGAGUUUCUCUUUUUUGGGUUCAUUCUCUUUGCCUUUAUUUCCUUUGUGCUUAUGAGGCGAUAUGCGGACAUCAGCUUUGACAUGUGCCUUGCCUUAUCUGCUGUGGUUGGAAUUUUUGGAGGCACCUUACUAGCUCUAAGUCACUGGCAAUUUGGACUACCCUUCCUAGUAAUAUUUAUUGUUGGAUUUGUUAUGGGAUUGCUUGUGGCCUCUAUUGUUUAUUUCUCACCUCUUCUUGUCAAUCAAAAAGUCUUCCAGUCUGAACUAAUGUACUGGGUGUGUUUCAUCAGCAUUGUUCUAAUUGUGCCAGUGUUUCUGCUUAUCUCUGCCAAAAUGUUCAAUAUCAUCUGUUGUGCUGUGAUUGGUGCUUAUUCUUUUGUGUGUUUGGUGGGGACGUAUUUUCCAACGAAUGUCCUCUACAUAUUCGUCAAUGUCAUCCGAAGAGCAGUCCACCCUGAUUUCUUUCAUGUCAUCACCCCUUUUCCUUUACAAUUGAAUGAUUAUGUAUUAAUCGGUGUUUGGAUUGGGCUUGCCACAGGAGGUGUGUUGAGUCAGACCUACAUCACUAGAAACCAACCCUAUUUCCCAGGCUGCCCCUAUGAAUCCUGCAGAGAAAGAAGUGAUACUACCAACGAUGAAAGGGCUCCUUUACUUGGCUCCAGAGACAAUACUGCAAUGAAUAGCUGAAGAGGCACUGUUAGAUUCUUGUCAAUAUGUAUAUAAGUAUUUAUACAAAGUUUUAUAUGUUUCAAUUACAUCUCAGUUUUACGGACAGAAAGUUAAAACUGCUACUGAUUAAAAGACCUGUCAGGAUUAUUGGAUGUGCUUAUAAGGGUCUGAUAAACUACUAAAGGGUUCUUUCCCUCAAAUGGUUAUUGUCCUUGUAAUAAGAUUGAUGAUGUCAACAUUAUCACUAUGUGCAUAACUUCCAGGAGUGAAAGAUAUUGAGCACAAUACACUAUUUAAAACAAUACCAAAUACGUAUGUCUUGUGCCUGUGCCAAAAUAGCAGCCCACAACAUUAAUAGGGCUAGCAUACCAGCAACAUUAUUCCAGCUGCUUGUAUAACUUACAGAAAUAUUUCAUCUUUACAUUUAAAGCUUAAUUAGCUGUAUGACCUUUUAGAUUUUUUUAUAAGGUCUCUUCUAAAGUAGAGAAUCUUGGUGAUGAUAUGGAAAAUGACUUGUGAGUGUUUUCCACAUAGUGCUGCCUUCUAGUGGUCACAGCUCACAGUUACACUCCAUAUCUUCAAAUGUUUUUUAAUGCUCAGUCAGACAGGAUUAUCCUGAGCUUCUUGUCUCCGAAUAUGUUUAGGAGUCCAGUCCAUCCAUCUGGACCAUCCUAUCCACAAUGUACUGUGAAAAGUGCCAGAACCCCUUCCACCUUGAAAUAUGAGAAUGUACCACAUAAGGCUGUGCUUGUAAGUGUCUAUACCCAGUGGAAAUAACAAUCUCCUCCAAUUUAACUAAAUGCAUAACUUGAGGGUUUCUAUAUGAACCCUGGUUACACUUGAAAAGCUACUCCUCCAUAGUAAUGUCACACACUUCAGGAUAGAUGUCUGGAAUCUAUUUUUUUUAUUCCUGUGGUCCAAAUUCAUUCAGAGAUGCAGGCUGUGGGUAAAGCAGUUGCUGGAAAACUUCUAUUACCUGACUAUGGUGUAUGUAUUUUGUUUUUCUUUCAAUUAAAUUAUUUAAUUCUGAGGCACUUUACUUAAUCAGUGUAUUCCAGCUGCAGGCUAUACUCCAGGACGGUUUGCGAUACAAUAUAAUUGUUUCAUUAGAGUAUUUUGUUCACUUCAUUUAUUAUUUUAAAGUAACCUCUAACAGUAAAGGGAAUAUUUGAUAGAAGCAUACAUAUUUCUAAUUAUUUGAUACCUAUAGUAAAAUUUUGUAAGUAAAUAUUUUUCAAUACAA